AUGCCCAAGAAUAAGGGAAAGGGAGGAAAGAAUCGUAGAAGAGGAAAGAACGAGAAUGACUUCAUGAAAAGAGAGUUGGAUAAGAAAGAGAAUGGCCAAGAAUAUGGACAAGUUACCAAAAUGCUUGGAAAUGGGCGAGUAGAUGUGUUUUGUUUCGAUGGUAAGAAACGUGUAUGUCACAUUCGUGGAAAACUUCGAAAGAAGGUGUGGAUCAAUACGGGAGAUAUUAUUCUAAUUGGUCUUCGUGAUUACCAAGAUGAUAAGGCUGAUGUCAUUCUCAAAUACACUCCAGACGAAGCCCGUCGAUUGAAAGCUGAAGGAGAACUCCCAGAAAAUGCCAAAAUUAAUGAAAAUGAUGAGCAAGAUGAGGGAGAGAUUGUCUUCAAGGAUAUGGGUGGAGCUGGCGGUGAGGAUGAAGAAGCUGAUUCUGACGAUGACUUACCUUCAAGCGGUAGUGAUGAUGAAGAGGAAGAAGAAGAUGAUGAUGACGAUGGAAGUGGAAGCGAAGAAAGCGAAAGUGAGGAAGAAUCGGAUAAUGACGCUUCAUUCUUGAAUGAGGAAGAUUUAGCCGCUGGUCGUGGUCUUGGAGGCCGUGGUCGUGGAAGAGGUGGAAAAAAUAAAUAUGGCAAGAGAAGAUAA